AUGUCCAGUGACAGUAUAAAUCGCCCUCCAAAUCAACCCAUACUUUUGAGCUUCCCGAGCAUCGAUGAUCUUGUCCCAAAGUUGAGGCGCUACGUCCUCAAGCGCCAAAAGGAAACCUUGGAUAAGCAGGGCCGUUUCGUAGUCGCUGUAUCCGGUGGCUCUUAUCUCAGCAUGCUGUCUCGCGCUCUUCUCGAGCCUAGAAACGACGGUACCCCUGAGGACACUCCGUACAACUAUAAGCAACUAAAGGACCAGUUGUUGGACAAGAUCCCUGUAGAGCUUGGAGCUCCGAAUGUCUAUCCUAUCGAUGCCGACCUUGUUAACGAGGAAGAUGAGCUAGUCGAGCACUACGAGAAGUCCGUGAUAGAGAGAUUAACUCAGAAAGACUCUGCUAGGUUCCCUAUCUUUGACCUAAUCCUCCUUAACUGCGGCUAUGAUAGCCACACCUACGGCCUAUUCCCCGACCAUAAAGUCUUGACCGAGGAGGAUAGAUAG